AUGGAGCAGCAACAAAAGGUAGAACUUCCAAUUUUCAUGCGUAAAAAACAUGAUAGGGACCUUAUUAUGGAGGUCUUGAGCACGGUUCCAAGCCAAAAAGAAGCUCAAUCAUAUAUCAAACGAUUCACAAUACCCAAUAAAAAACCACCCGCACCCACACCAACUCCAUCACCUAUUCCUUUAGAAACAAAAAAGUCAAUAUCUGAUGUUCCAUCAACCGUUCCCGAAUCUGAUGUUCAAAAACAUAACCCACAACUUUCUUUAACUUCGCAGAAAGCAGAAUUUGUCGAUUCUUUGUUUGCAACUAAACUAGAACAUAUCGCUCUAAUUAAAAUCCAGGGUCCUUUUACUUCUCUAGACCUUAAAUCAAUUGCCAAAACAUUGGUUCAUUUACAACAAUUAGGAUUGAUGCCGAUUGCUGUUUUGGAUAAUGACGAGUGGAAAGAGAUGUUGAAGGAGGGACCUUCUCGAUUCAGUGAAUUAAGACAAUGGAUGAUGGAGGACUCUUCUAAUAUUUGUGAAGCGUUAGAGGACGCAGGUGGAAGAUCUACUCCCAUACAAAAUGGCGUUUUCACGCUCACACACGACGAGUCUGAGGAAAGCGAUAAAAAAGUACAUCGUCCAAGACUCAAACUACGUACUUUAUCAACAGAUGUGGAUGCGAAGAUCAAUGUCUCAUUGUCGUGGUUAAAAACAUCCUUAAAAUUAGGCCAUAUUCCUCUUAUCCUUCCCAUAGCACUAGAUGGAUUGUCUAUACAAAGAACCAUUUCUCCGAAUGCUGGGAUGAUAGCACUUUCAAGUUCUUUAUCUGAUCUUUCAAAUGCAACUUGUUUGAAUUUGAAAACCCCACACCUUGAACCCAUGAAAAUCAUUGUCAUCAAUUCGGAAGGUGGUAUUCCUUCCGAGGAAAGGAAGGGAUCUCAUGUUUUUAUAAACAUUCAACAAGAAUAUGAAGAUAUUAAGAAUAGUUAUAAGAGUAAUCCACAAUGGAAUUUCACGCAUCCGACGGGUAUUGAAAACUUGGAAAUGAUAAAAACUUGCUUGGAAAAAUUACCCACUACCACAUCAGCCAUAAUGGCUCCAGCAUAUUCUCCCACAGGACUCAUCUCUAAUUUAAUCACUGACAAGCCAUUAUUUUCAUCAUCUUUGCCGCUUACAGCACCCACAACACCAUCAACGACCACAACAGUGAUACGACAUGGUAUGCCGGUUUUAUAUCAUAAUUCACUUUCCACCGUCAACAUAUCAUCCUUACAAUCUCUUAUUGAGGCAUCGUUCAAGAGAAAGUUGGAUAUUGAUAAUUAUGUUGCUAGACUGGAGAAAUGCUUGGAGUUAGUAAUAGUAACGGGUGAUUAUCAAGGAGCCGCAAUAAUAACCAUGGAAGAUGUAGAAGGAAACAAGAAAGGUAAUAUACCUUACCUAGAUAAAUUUGCUGUUACACCUAAUAAUCAAGGAGUUGGCAUUGCGGAUAUUUUAUGGAAACAAUUACAAAUAAGAUAUCCGAAUUUGAUGUGGAGAUCACGUGAAAACAAUGGUGUAAAUAAAUGGUAUUUUGAAAGAUCUAAUGGCAAUUAUCGAGUUCCGGGAACUCACUGGACGAUGUUUUGGUAUGGCAACGACGGAAUUAAUGGGUUGAAGGCUUAUACCGAAAUUACUAAAAAGAUACCAGCUUCAUUUUACUGUAAUUCAAGAUAA